AUGGAAAAAGGAGCCAGGCACCGAACCAACGCCGAGAAGAACCUCCCAGCGGGGAGCCAGUCGGAGAGCGGGUCAGGAGAGGGCGGGGUGUCCCUGAAGAAGGAGAUCGGAUUGGUCAGCGCCUGCGGCAUCAUUGUAGGGAACAUCAUUGGCUCUGGAAUCUUCGUCUCGCCAAAGGGUGUGCUGGAGAAUGCGGGCUCCGUGGGCCUCGCUCUUAUCAUCUGGAUCGUGACGGGUCUUAUUACAGCUGUGGGAGCCCUUUGCUAUGCUGAGCUUGGGGUCACCAUCCCCAAAUCUGGAGGUGACUACUCCUACGUCAAGGACAUCUUUGGAGGACUGGCUGGGUUCCUGAGGCUAUGGAUUGCUGUGCUGGUGAUUUACCCCACCAACCAAGCUGUCAUCGCCCUCACCUUCUCUAACUACGUGCUACAGCCGCUCUUCCCCACCUGCUUUCCCCCAGAGUAUGGUCUCCGACUACUGGCUGCCAUCUGCCUAUUGCUCCUCACAUGGGUCAACUGCUCCAGUGUGCGGUGGGCCACCAGGGUUCAAGAUAUCUUCACAGCUGGGAAGCUCCUGGCCCUGGCCCUGAUCAUCAUCAUGGGGGUUGUGCAGAUCUGCAAAGGAGAAUACUUCUGGCUGGAGCCAAAGAAUGCAUUUGAGAAUUUCCAGGAACCGAGCAUUGGCCUCAUUGCACUGGCUUUCCUUCAGGGCUCCUUUGCCUACGGAGGCUGGAACUUUCUUAAUUACGUGACUGAGGAACUUGUUGAUCCCUACAAGAACCUUCCCAGAGCCAUCUUCAUCUCCAUCCCACUGGUCACAUUUGUGUAUGUCUUUGCCAAUGUCGCUUAUGUCACUGCAAUGUCCCCCCAGGAGCUGCUGGCAUCGAAUGCAGUCGCUGUGACUUUUGGAGAGAAGCUCUUGGGGGUCAUGGCCUGGAUCAUGCCCAUUUCUGUUGCCCUGUCCACAUUUGGAGGAGUCAAUGGGUCUCUCUUCACCUCCUCCCGGCUGUUCUUUGCUGGAGCCAGGGAGGGCCACCUUCCCAGCGUGCUGGCCAUGAUCCAUGUGAAGCGCUGCACCCCCAUCCCAGCCUUGCUCUUCACAUGCAUCUCCACCCUGCUGAUGCUGGUCACCAGUGACAUAUACACACUUAUCAACUAUGUGGGUUUCAUCAACUAUCUCUUCUACGGGGUCACAAUUGCUGGACAGAUCGUUCUUCGCUGGAAGAAGCCUGACAUCCCCCGCCCCAUCAAGAUCAACCUGCUGUUCCCCAUCAUCUACUUGCUGUUCUGGGCCUUCUUGCUGGUCUUCAGCCUGUGGUCGGAGCCCGUAGUGUGUGGCAUCGGCCUGGCCAUCAUGCUGACAGGAGUGCCCGUCUAUUUCCUGGGUGUUUAUUGGCAACACAAACCCAGCUGUUUCAAUAACUUCAUCAAGUUGAUAACCCUGGUGAGCCAGAAGAUGUGUGUGGUUGUGUACCCCAAUGUCGGAGGGAGCUCGGAGACAGAGAUGAUAAAUGAGGACUCGGAGGAGCAGUGGCAGCCCAUCAACCAAUCCGUUGACUCCAAAGACAAGAACUCAGUGAAAUAG